CUUGCUCCCAAUCCAAUUCCAUCCUGCUUCCUAGUGUUAUUUGCAACUGAAGUUUGAGAUCAGUCACAGCAGCCAGCCAUCAUGACGAACUCUCUAGAUCAAUUGAAGGCCACCGGCACUACCGUCGUGUGUGACUCUGGCGACUUCAACACCAUCGCCAAAUAUAAGCCACAAGACGCCACCACCAACCCGUCGCUGAUCCUCGCGGCGUCCAAGAAGCCCGAGUAUGCCAAGCUCAUCGACGCGGCGGUCGCCUACGGCAAGAAGCACCCGGGCUCGGUCGACGAGCAGGUCGACGUCGCCCUCGACAACCUGCUGGUGCAGUUCGGCAGCGAGAUCUUGAAGAUCAUCCCCGGGCGGGUGUCGACGGAGGUGGAUGCACGGUACUCGUUCGACACGGAGGUGUCAGUGAAGAAGGCGCUGCAUAUCAUCAAGAUGUACGAGGAGAUGGGCAUCGAUCGAAGCCGCGUCCUCAUCAAGAUCGCCUCCACCUGGGAGGGCAUCAAGGCCGCGGAGAUCCUCGAAUCGAAGCACAACAUCAAUGUCAACCUGACCCUCAUGUUCUCGCUGGUGCAAGCCAUCGCGGGCGCGGAAGCGGGCGCCACCCUCAUCUCGCCGUUCGUUGGCCGCAUUCUAGACUGGUUCAAGGCGUCGACGAAGAAGGACUACACCCCGGAGGAGGACCCGGGCGUCAAGAGCGUGCACUCGAUCUUCAACUACUACAAGAAGUUCGGGUAUAAGACCAUCGUCAUGGGCGCGUCGUUCCGGAAUACGGGGGAGAUCACCGAGCUGGCUGGCUGUGACUACCUGACCAUCUCCCCCAACCUCCUCGAGGACCUCUACAACGGCACCGACGACGUCCCCAAGAAGCUCGAUGGGUCGGCGGCCACGUCGCUCGACAUCGCAAGGCGGACCUACAUCAACGACGAGCCCACCUUCCGAUUCGACUUCAACGAUGAGCAGAUGGCGGUGGAGAAGUUGCGGGAAGGUAUCUCUAAGUUCGCGGCCGAUGCAGUCACGCUGAAGGAUAUCCUGAAGGCGAAGCUGCAGUAGAUGAUGGAGUGUAUGGUGGAGGGGGUGGAGAGCUGGAGAGAUAAAGAAUAUGAUUGUUUGGGCGCGAAUGGAUGGAUGUGAAAAUGGACAUUGCGAAUGGAUGAAUUGUUGAUGAGGAA